GUAGCACGGCUUACUCCCGCUGGAUUUCUUACCUCAGCGCGGCUUGGGAAGUUCUGCUCAGGCUCCUCGCGUUUCCCCGUUCGGCUCCGAAUCCGUUUCGCCUGCUCUUUCCUCCAGGAUGUCCCAGGCAGGAGCAGUCAUGUGCUUCCACCCUGAGGGAGACCACGCCAUCUCCCCUCAGCGCUUUGCCCGAGAGCCGAAGAGGAGGCCUUGGCUGUCGCCGUCCAAGAAUGUGGAACCUGCUGCCUUGAACCCUCAGCACUGCCUCACGCCCAACCUCAACGCCGGCAGGAUCCACCUCCUCCGCAAGGGGCUCACCGUGGAGGCCAAGCACUCCCAACUGGGCAUGUAUAACAGCACCGGCUCGCUCAUCCGGAAGGUCACGGAGAUGGGUUACCUUGGCAACAGCAACUGCCCCAACUCAGGGAGAGUGACAGCUCCAUGCACACCACUGAGGAGCAGGCCUCCCCCCUCACUGGGCUCCCCGGGCAGCCGCAUCCCCCUGGUGGCUUCAGCCCCUGGCGGUCAAAGUUCUGUGGUGACCUUCCGCUUUAUCGAGAAGGCCAGCGUCAAAACUUUAAAUGGUCUCCCUCUGGUGGAGUCCAGGAAGGAGAGUGGCUUGAGCAGGAGUCUGGAGCUCGGGGAAGCCCUCCAUUUUGGAAGCCCGACAAGGAAGCAGGGAAGUGGUUGCCCCGUGACCCAAAAUCCACAUUCCCCACAGCGUAACGUCGCAGCGUCCCCGGAGCCUGUCGCUCAAGAGGCAAACGAGAGCAUCAAAGUGAAGACGAAUGAGUCCAUCUUGGCCGGUACUGGCGCUGCUGUGGAACAGGCCUCACUGGCCCUCAGUGGUAAAGGCCAGGAGCACCUUAGUCAUAAGCUGAAGCUGGAGACAUCUGCUUCGGACCCUCUCCUGGCUGGAAACAGGUUCCUUUUGGGAGCACAGUCUUCCCUGAGCCUGGGAAAUGGGAGCCCACAUUCUCUCAAUGCCAACUGCCUCUCCACCUCCCUUACCAACGGCAUGAUCAGCCCUUCCAAUGACGUCUCAGUGCUCCGGAGAAGCCCACACGGGGAGGCCCAGUACCAGGGGAGUCCAUGGUCAUAUUCCCGAGAGAGCUCUGCCCACGCCCAGCGCAUCGCCAAGGCUAAGUGGGAAUUCUUCUAUGGCUCCCUGGACCCUCCUGGGACAGGGGUGCGUCCUCAUAACACGCCCAAUCCUCCACCUCAGCAGCUCAAGAAAUCCAACCACCCGAUUCAGCCAAAGCCAGAUUGGACGGGACCCGAGCAUAGCUUGUGCCACGUGGAGGUGGAAAUUGAGAUGGCUCCCCCAGGCCGUGAAAAACCUGGAGACUGUGAAACGGGAAUUAUCCGCAGAACCAUAAAGUACUCGGAGACUGACUUGGAUUCUGUCCCUUUGAGGUGCUACCACGAGACCAACAUUGAUGAUAUAUUGGCUGAGAAAGAUGAAGCAGAUUCAGCCAUCGAGAGCCAGAAGGACAGCGAGAGCAAUCCAAGUUUCACGGGAGUCUUGGGGAAAGGGUGUGCUGUUCCAGGGGACCCCUUUGCUCAGCACGCAAGAGAAGAUGAUGACAAGUGUCUGAGAAACAAGACACAGGACAUUGAGGACGACGAGGUAUUUGAAGCCAUCCAACAGCAUCAGGAGAGGAUCAUCGACAGAGAUGCCCAAGGGCUGCUCAAAUCCCCAGUGCCCUUUCUUCUUGGACACAGCCUCUCCAGGGACGGCAUGGAUUCGUUCAGCAGGCAUUUUGAGAGCAUUAUGGAGUCUCACCGAGCCAAAGGGACCUCUUACACCAGCCUCGACUCCAUCGACAUCCUGUCCUCCCCGGCCAACACGCACAGCGGAACGUACUUCACCUUUGACCUCCCAACACUCACCCCGGAAGUACAAGAGCAAAUUCGAGACAGUGCCAAGCUCAUUGAGCAGAACUUCGCCCCCCUGGCCCACCUGGAGCCAGACUCCGGGACAAGCUCCGCCACGGAUGCCCCCUGGACUGAGCGAGAAGAGGAGCCGAGACAAGGUGGGGAAGGCAGCCUGCAGAGUCCCUGUCACUCCGAUGACAGCCUAGGAAUUCCCCUGGCCUCCAUCAUAAGUGAACAUCCUCUCAGCCAGCUGGUCUCUGACUCUGAUUCCGAGAUGGACAGCACAGAGCAACUCGCCCUGGGCAGCACAGACACCCUCUCCAACGGGCACAAGGCUGAUCUGGAGGCCGCCAAACGCCUGGCAAAGAGGCUCUACAACUUGGAUGGCUUCAAAAAGGCAGACGUGGCCCGCCACCUGGGGAAGAAUAACGAUUUUAGUAAGAUGGUGGCAGGCGAGUACCUCAAGUUCUUUGAAUUCACUGGAAUGAGUCUGGAUCAAGCGCUUAGAUCUUUUCUAAGGGAGCUGGCCCUCAUGGGUGAGACUCAGGAGCGGGAGAGAGUCCUGGCUCAUUUUUCGCAGCGUUAUUAUGAGUGCAACCCCAAGGCCAUCUCUUCGGAGGAUGGAGCCCACACUCUGACCUGCGCUUUGAUGCUCUUAAACACAGACCUCCACGGCCAUAACAUUGGGAAGCGGAUGUCCUGCUUGGAUUUCAUUGGGAACCUGGAAGGACUCAACGAAGGCAGUGACUUCCCCCGGGAACUGCUCAAGGCUUUGUACAGCUCCAUCAAGAACGAAAAGCUACAGUGGGCUAUAGACGAAGAGGAACUGCGCAAGUCGCUUUCCGAACUGGCAGACCCCAACCCCAAGUCCAUCAAGCGCAUCAGCAGCUGCAGCAACCCUUUCCUGGAUUUCUCGCAGGACCCCAGCAUCACUACAUACAAGCACAGCCUCCUCGUGCGCAAGAGCCAUGCCGAGCCGGAUUGCAAAAAGACCCCAAGAGGGAAGCGGGGGUGGAAGACUUUCCACGCGAUCCUGAAGGGCAUGAUCCUGUAUCUACAGAAGGAGGAGUACAAGCCUGGCAAGGCCCUGGCUGAGGAGGAACUGAAGAACGCCAUCAGCAUCCACCACUCCUUGGCCACCCAAGCAUCGGACUACAACAAGAGGCCCAACGUCUUCUACCUCAGAACGGCUGACUGGAGAGUCUUCCUCUUCCAGGCCCAGAACACGGAGCAAAUGAAUUCCUGGAUCACACGCAUCAAUGUGGUGGCAGCCAUGUUCUCCGCACCCCCAUUCCCAGCUGCUAUUGGGUCUCAGAAGAAAUUUAGCCGCCCACUGCUGCCCAGCUCCACCACACGGCUGUCUCAGGAGGAGCAAGUGAAGAGUCAUGAGGCCAAAUUCAAAGCCAUGGCAGCAGAGCUGCUUGAGCACCGAUCCUCUCUGCCAGAGAAGAAGGUCAAGGGCAAGGAGUACGAAGAGCUGAAGCAAAAGGAGGAGUAUCUGAUAUUUGAGAAAACACGCUAUGGGAUCUAUGCUACAUUGAUGCGGGCCAAGCUGAAGACAGGCUCUGAGGACCUCACGGUGCUAGAGGCCGCCCUGUUUGAAACAGCAGCUGGCGCAGAGAACAGUGUCAAAAAGUCACAGUCCAUCCCUUCCUUGAGUCAGGAGCCAGUCGGCGGGGGACCCAGGAUCAAGCGCAGUAGCCGACAAGCUGCCAGCGGUCUGCAGAAGUCCUAGAAGGGUCGGGUCUGCCAGGAGGGUGCUGUGCCUACCCUACAAACCUGCAUGAUUUUGUUUUCG